AUGCUGAAGCGAACCAUUCGCUUGGACGGUGUCCCGAGCGAUCAAGAAAUCUCCAAUGCUCCUAACUGUCAACGAGUUAAGCGUCUGGUGAACGAGAGUGCCUUCGGGUACCUCUUUCCGUUGGCUAAUCAAGGCAAAGGCAUGGGUAAGGGACCUUACUCCUAUGAAAACUUCCUGAAAGCUGUGGCGAAAUGGCCGAAGUUCUGUGAUGACGGCGGACCCAACAAUGGCGAUAAAGACGAGAUAUGUAUACGAGAGCUGAGUACAAUGUUCGCCCAUUUCGUUCAAGAGGUUGGUGCUCAUAACCCAAGUAGUCAAUACCCACAAUGGCGACAAGGCCUUUACUAUUAUAGGGAGGUCAAUCCGGGCUGGAAUUACUGCUCGAAAUCGCCUAAGUGGGUCGAAGACAGGUUUCCAUGCUCUCCUGGCCAAUCUUAUUCUGGUCGCGGCGCUAAGCAAAUCAGCUAUAACUAUAACUAUGGGCCUUUCUCAGUGGUCAUCUAUAAUGAUACUGAAAAUUUACUUUCUCACCCGGAUGGUGUUAUCACAAAUGAAGGCGGUUGGCUUGCUUUUGCCAGUGCCAUCUGGUUCGACAUGACUCCACAGACUCCCAAGCCGUCGAUUCACGAUGUUAUCACUGGCUGGUGGAAACCCAAUAGCGACGACCUUGCUGGGAACAGGAACCCAGGCUUCGGUGCAACUGUUAUGAUAACUAAUGGCGGACUUGAAUGUGGUCAUGCGAGCAAACAAGCAGAUAAUCGUGUGGCAUACUACAAGGCGUUCUGUGACUACUUCCGCAUUUCUCCAGGCGAAUACAUUGACUGUGUGGCCAUGAGAGCAUUCGACGCUAAGUCCUCGGCUGCCACUCAAGAGUACUGGGAUUAUGCAGACUGGCUAAGUAACUGUCGAUUGGUGUCAUACCAGGCGGCUUUCUCUAUCUUCGAGGAUCCCGCUGACCCGGAUGUGCCCUACUGUGGCUGUAUGAAUAUGUACGCCUCGUGAGGCGGGCUCUAUCGCAUCUAUCUCCAUGAUUUAGCCUUGAGGUCAAACUUUUACGACGGACAUUUUUUUUAUAAGAUGAACGCUGGUGUCUGUCGAUGAGGUACUUUUCGUUCGGUCUUCUUCGACUUAACGAGAUGCUGCAAAGUUCACUCAGCAAACAUCUCAGUGGUUGUCUCGUUUCAUACGUAUCAGCCAGCUGCAAUGAGGUAUUUAUGAUCACUGAUACUAGGAUAUGACUUUUAUCAUAUGAGUCAUAACCGCACAAAAGCCGGUAACAGGUUAGCUCGUGGCUCUCAUUAUUAGUGCUCGAACAUGAUGGUGAUAGCAGUUAUACUCGCACAGUCUACACGGCGAGAUAUUCCAUUUUUGCCGUUACACUGUUUCCCAGUAAAUAUUUUCUGCUCACAUUAUCAUCAUGUUACCGGUUGACUG